AUGUUGGACUUUUUUUACAUUCUUACCAAAGGUGGUCUUGUUUUAUGGUGUGUACCAUCAUCAGCUACCGAAUUUAUUAAAAUUGUUAAUCAUGCUAUUGACAAAGCUGUCUUACAAGGUCAAGGAAAUAUACAAAAAUAUCUUGCACCAUUAAGUCCUCAUCAAAUUCAUUACAAACUAGAUAAUGAAUAUCAACUUGUCUUCAUUCUUGGUUAUCAAAAAACAUUAAAUAUAUCAUAUGCUGAUAAAUUUUUGGACGAAAUACAAAAACGUUUUCGUGAUCAAUAUAAAGGAGAUUUAACGAUAGGGGGUUUUAGUCGAUCAUUUCCAUUUCGUGCUACAUAUGAAGAAGUUCUAUCUGAAGUUGAAUAUGCUGAAGAAGAGGCUAAAAAAGCUAAACGCUUGCCUCGUUCCUAUGAAGAGUCUGAUAAAAAACAAAAAACAGUUAAGAUAGUAACAAAAAAAGGUGAUGUAGCUACAGAUGAAAAUAAAAAGAAGAAACCCAAAGUAAAUGCACCAUCAAAUAAACAAUCGAAAAUUGCUAUAUCAAAAACAGAAGAAGAUGAAGACGAAGAAGUAGAAGUAGAAGAAGAAGAAAACAUCGAAGAAGAACAAAAGACAAUUGAAGAAACUAAAGAAGAAUUAUUAGGUGAACAUGAAGAAAAAGAACGUAUUCCUCUUGAAGAAUUACAACAACAACAACCAACAAUGUCUAUUACCGAAAAAUUACAAGCACGUGGUAAAAUACCAGCACCUUUUUCAAAGGCUACAGCAAAUAAACCUUCACCAAAAGCACCGAAACCUAAACAAAAACAAAUGGCAACUUCAUCGAAUGCACUUAAAAUGGAUACAAAUGGACUUGAUUAUACGAAACAAACAGGUGCUGAAAAAACUGAAACUAAGCAAGUAACCACCAGCGCUCCAGUUGCUGCUCGACCCACUGGAGGAGAUUUGAAAGCUAUGAAUGUCGAAACAUCGAGUAUUACAUCUGGUUUAGUCGAUGGUUUUUGGUCAAAACUUAAAAAAGUCAAUGUUUUUGCAUCAAAAACAUUAACGGCUGAAGAUUUACGUACAGGCAUUGAAACAAUGCGUGAACAUCUUAUAUCAAAAAAUGUUGCUUCAGAUGUAGCCGAAAAAAUCUGUGAAUCUGUUUCAAGUAAAUUAGCUGGAAAAACAUUAGGUUCAUUUGAAAGUCUUACAACCAAUAUUCGACAAGCAAUGCGAGAUACAUUAGUUAUGAUUUUAACACCUCAACGACGUAUUGAUAUUCUCCGAGAUGUUGUCGAUGCACAAAAAGCACGUCGUCCAUAUACUAUUACAUUUUGUGGUGUUAAUGGUGUUGGUAAAUCAAC